AUGGACGGAGAGACGAUGCAGAAAAGUUUUGAUGACAUCCUCAGGGACGGAGGCCCUACGAGGGACUUCGAAAUCACUCCUGAGGAAGCCACCAAGUUCAAGACGGCGCUGGGAGAGCCGGAGUUCCAAGCCAUGCUGAGGGACUACAUGGAAGAGAUGCAGGACCCCAAGCAACGAGCGGAACAAGAGCUGUAUAUUUCCGAGCUCGAGAGUCAGAACCGGGUGCCCGAGGGGAAGGAGGUGGUGCACCCCCUGCCGGGCUUCGUGAUCAAGACCAGGUUCACGCGGGGAUCCAAGGACGCAGAACCCGAAAAGCUGUUCACGAACGUCGUCACGUCCGACAAGUUAGCGAAACCGUACAGCAAGAUAUCCAACUCCCGCCCGGGGGGAGAGGCGUGGUCGUUGCCGGUUGCUGUGGGCCCCUUGCGCAAGGAGAAGGAUAAGGGCGGCGGUAGCACGACGACGUUCGAUGUUUGCUACCAUCCGGAAGCCCUGGUGCGAGCCGAUCGGCUGAGCGCCUUCCGCGACCUGGUGGUGCUAUCGUCGCUGGAGAGGGUGGAGGACGCCUUUCUGCGGGGCACCAAGGAGAAAAUCACGGUGGACAAGAAAUAA